AUGAAGAAGGCAUGGAGACUGAUUAAGAAAAAGUAUAAUCAUAUAUUUACUAUUGGUUGUGUGGCUCAUGGCUUGAAUUUGCUGAUGAAGGACAUAAUUAAACUUGAAUCGCUGAAAAAACUGAAAGAGAAUGCAAAGUCUAUUGUGAAAGUAUUUAAGCAGAAGCAUGUGGUUCACAGCGUUUUUAAUUCCAACCAAGAACAAAAUAUGCCAUCUUUAAAGUUACCCAACAACACUAGAUUUUCUGGUGAUGUUUUGGUCUUCAACUCACUUCAGUGUAAUAAAUCAGCUCUCAAGAAAACUGUAAUUGAAGAAGACCUUGAUAUUCCACAGAAUAUAAAGACUUUGAUUUUAAAUGAUGAUUUCUGGAUGGAAAUAAAAUAUGCUCUGAACAUCCUCAAACCAAUUGCUGAUGCUCUUACAUCUCUUGAAUCAGACUCUGCUCUUCUUUCUGAUGUUCCAUAUCACUUUGAAAAAAUAAAGACGCAAAUUUCAGAAGCUCUUGAUAGUCUUGAUAAAAGCAAUCUCAGUGAGAUAGAUAAACGUAAGGUACUACGUGCAAUCAAACAUCGAGAAAACUUUUCCUGUCAGUCUGUUCAUAAAACAGCUUAUUUACUUGAUCCUAGAUAUAAAGAUAAAAAUUUAAGUAAUUCAGAUAUGCCAUCAGUGGUUAGAGUAAUCAACGAACUUUGUACACAUUUGAAACUUGAUAAAGGAAAAGUACUAGCUAAUUUGGCUGAGUAUCGAAGUGGAAAUGGUAUUUGGUCUUCUAAUUCUGGUAUCUUUGGAGCUGCCGAAUAUACGACUCCAGUUGCAUGGUGGCAGGGACUCUGUGCUGGACAACCUAUUGCUACAAUAGCAAUUCGCCUAUUAAAUAUUCCACCUAGUUCAGCUGCAUGUGAGCGAGUAUGGUCAGCAUUCGGAGGAAUUCACACUAAGAAGCGAAAUCGUCUUAAAAAUGAGAAAGUUGAGAAGCUGGUUUCAGUGCAAUGGAAUCUACGCUUGUUUAAUAAAUCACCAAAGACGCACAAGCGCUAUAUUACAACAGAUACACGUAGGAAUACGAGUGAGGAAAAUAAUGAUAUUUUUCUUGACUCAAAUGACUCACAAUCAGAAUCUAAUACAGAAAGUAAUGAAGUAGAAUCAGAUGUAGAGGUCGAUUCAUAUUCUUCCUCAGAUUCCGAACCGGAAAGUACAAUUGAGAUUGAGAAUUGA